AUGAUGUCACAAGAGAAUAGUAGAAAUCUUGAUGAAUGUUUAUUAAGGAGUACAAUUACAUCCACAACGCCUACAUCAACAACAAUAACAAUGUCAACGACGGUAGGAUCAAAUACUACUAUUAUGUCAUCAAAUCCUAUGAAUACAUUAAUUAGUAAUCAGGAUCAACGUGCAUCUGGUGAUAUAGGUGAUGAUUCAUAUGGCAAUGGGAAGAUGAUACAUCUUACACAAUCAAAUGAACGUAUAACUACUAGUAAUACGAAUAUUAUAUAUAAUAAUAACACUACUACCUAUGAUAUAACGAAUAAUAAAACAUCUACGACUACUUCUACUACUAAUUCCAUUAAUAGUAGUAUAAAAAAGGAUGAAAUAUACAAUAAUACAACAUCGAAUAAACAUGAUAAUCAACGUCUAUUCAUCAAUAAGUUAAUAAAACCAUCAUCAACAAUAAAUGGAUUCAUUAUGGAUAGACAUCUUACCGAUAAAGACUUACAAGAGAAAUCAAUCACAGAUACAACAACAAAUGAUUCAACUACUUCAUCGAUCUCACCAUGUUCUGAUAAUAAUUCUGAGAAUAAUCUUAUCAAAUUAAAUGCGUCUAAUUCACCUUUACCACAUCGAAAUAAUCAACCAAACCAACAACCAUAUACUACUAACAAUAGCUUAGUUAGUAGUAAAUUCAAUGUUAAAGAAAAUUCAGGCAAAAUGGAACAACAACAGAAAUCAAUAACAUCUGGCACAAAUCAUAUGAAUUCAACCAAUGAAGAACAAUAUAAUUUUCAAGAAAAUAAUUCAGUAAUUACAACAUCUACAAAAAUGUUAACAUCAUUAGGCAAAACAAUAAAAAAUCCCGACUUAAUAAAUCAUGAAAAGGUGAACAGUUUCAAAGAAGAUAUCAAAAGUUAUGCCACAGAAGGUUAUAAUAUCGAUAAUAACAGUGGUGGUAAUUUUAGCGAAAGUUACAGUAGUAUUAACAGUGGUAAUCAAAAAUCAAUACUAGCUAUACUACAACUUCUAAUACUUCUACUAAUGGCACUAAUAGCAUUAGUAAUACCGAUGGGAACAGUAACCAUGGAAUAUAUUAUUUACAAAAUGGGAUAA